AUGGCAACAGACAAUGAAUCGAUUUUAUGUUCAAUUUGUAGUAAACCUUCAGCUAAAUCAUUUUGUAUUGGAUGUAAAAAGUACUUUUGUCGAAAAGAUUUCAAAGAACAUGAACAACAAUUAUCGAUGACAUUUGAUAAUGAAAUAGUUCGAUCUCAUGAUGAACUUCUCGAUCUAAUACAGAAAUUAGAAAAAACAAAUUAUUUGUCAUUAGAUGUUUUUAAUAAAAUUGAACAAUGGAAGCAAACAACAAUCAAUAAAGUGAAAAAAGCAGCAGACAAAGCUCAGCAUGAACUUACUCAAUUAAUCGAAAACCGAAAAAUAACAAUAAUAAAACAACUUGAACCAAUUACUAAAGAAAUUCGUUCUCUUCGAGAAGAAGAAUAUAUUGUUGAAACUGAUAUUGACCGACUUCGAAAAAAAAUCAAUGAUAUGCGACAAAAACUUGAAGAGUUUACUCAAAAAGAUACGAACAAAAGCAUCAUUUUUAACGAUGAUCAAAUUGAUUGGAACCGACUCAUUUACAUCAGACAAGAACAACAACAAAAUUACGAUCUUAACUAA